AUGGCCGCAGGAAGCGCGGGGGAGGGCGCUGGGAGCAACACGGAGCUCCGUUGGACUGAAAAGUCCAACGCGCUCGUCGGUGACGGUGUCCUCCAACCUGCGCCGCGCUCGGCGAACCUCGACAGCGCCUUCGAUGGCAUGCAGCUCUUUGCGAGGGCUGAAGCAAACAGGUACCCGGCGAUCGCGAUCACGUGCACCGUAAGGCGGCAAUGCGGCUAUUUCUUGUACAACGUCGUCGCUCCGAUGGGGAUGAUCUCCUUCCUCUCGAUCGCCACCGCCUUCACCAUGGCCGAACCGAGCGACCGCAUCGCGACACAGCUCGCGUUGCUCCUAACGGCGGCUGCCUACAAGUUGGCGAUUACCGCGAUGGUUCCCGCGGUGAGCUACUUGACGCUUCUUGACCGUUACAUUGGCGAGCAGUGCCUGUAUUUGAUGGUUGUGACCAUUGUGACUUCUCUCUUUGGGAUGCGAUCGGGCCCAAUUCCUAUUGUCCACGACGUCGAACUACUCGGCCACGAGGCAGACCUGUACUCGCUCUACCUCCUGCUCGGCAUGUGGUUU